AUGGCUUCCGUGUGUCAGGCGUUAAAAGAUUUCAGCGACAAAUUGUAUGCGAAAGUUGUGGAGUCCCAGGGAGGCAAUUAUCACAAUGUGUUUGUUUCCCCGGUGAGUAUCUACGCGGCGAUGUCGAUGGUCCUAGCUGGUAGCCAAGGGGAAACCAAACGUGAGAUGUUGUCAGCUUUGCAACUGGCCGCGGGUAUGAGUCAAGAAACACAUCAUAAUAGCAUUGGAACUACCAUUCGUAGCUGUUUCGAAUCGACUCCAGGUGUUACGGUUUCGGUCGGAAACCGGCUUUUUGCCGAACAAAAUGCACCCAUCAAUGCCGAGUACAAAUCGUUGUUGCUCAAAGACUACCAGGCAGACACGGAAAAUGUGGAUUUCCUUGCUGAUGCAGAAUCCGCACGCAAACGCAUCAACAAGUGGGUUAGCGAGCAAACGAAAGAAAAAAUACAAGAGUUAUUCCCGCCGGGAUCUUUGAGAUCGGAUUCAUGUGUAGCUAUCACAAAUGCUUUAUAUUUCAAAGGAUCGUGGGAGAUUGCCUUCCCGAAGGAGGUAACUGGGCAACACGAUUUCUACCUUCUGAAUGGAACCAAGAAGAAAAUGAAAAUGAUGUAUAAAGAGGAUGAUUUCAAAUCAACAGUUGACGAGGAAGGUGCCACGGCUGCUGCGGCUACUGGAGCAAUUGCGACUUUCUGUUGCAUAAUGCCAUCUAUGCAGGUCCGUGUGGUUCAUCCGUUCUUUGUGGCCCUAGUUUACGAUGAUAAAAUACCUAUAUUCAUGGGCCAUGUCCUUGAUCCGGAGGAGAACUAA